GUGUUAUCUCGCAGAAUGAGGCUGCUCGCGCUGCUCGUCGUGCUGGCGACGUGCUGGUCAUUCGGUCGCGGGCUCCGCAUCGACAAGAAGACGGGCGCCUAUGAGGACAUCGUGGUUGCCAUCGACAAGUCUGUGGAGCCCGACGAGCGAAUUAUCGACAACAUCAAGGCCCUGUUCCGCUCUGCCUCGACGUUCCUCCACCGGGCGACGCGAGGACUGGUCCACUUCGGCAGCGUGACCAUCGCCAUACCGGACACGUGGCCCGCCAGACCACGGGCGCUGAACACCACGGCCAACAUGUUCCCGGUGGCCGACGUGAGGGUCGCCGCGCCGAACCCGCAGUACGGUGACACUCCGUACACUCUGCAGCCACGUGGAUGCGGUGAGCGAGGGGAGUACGUCCACCUGACGCCACGCUUUCUAAGCGACAUGAACGGCUCUAUUGCCGAGGCUUACCGUAGUCCAGAAUACUUGCUGGUGCAUGAAUGGGCUCAUUUCCGGUACGGAGUGUUCGAUGAGUACGGCGACCCAGAGAGUUACCGGUACCCGAGCCUGUACUGCGAGUUUGGCAUGGUACGCGCCAGCACCUGCUCGCAACGCCACAAGUUCACGGUAUACACAGAUUCCGGAGAGCCUUGCCGCAUCUACAAGGGCUGCCGCGUCUCAUCCAAGUGCAAGUCCCGCUUCUUGAGGAACGACAAAGAUCCGGUCACAUCGUCCAUCAUGUUCAUGCCUUACAUCAACGGAGUGACAGAUUUUUGUGACAAGGACGGCGACAAGGUGCACAACGCCUACGCUCCAAACAAGCACAACCACCUGUGUGAGCGCAAAUCAGUCUGGGAAGUAAUCAGCGCUAACGACGACUUCGAGGGUAUCGCUCCCGCUGACCCCUCAAGGAACGUCGACGUCGAAUUCACCGAAGUCCAGAAACGCGAAGGCAUCCUAGGCAGGCUGAUAUUCGCGCUCGACAUCUCGGGUAGCAUGUCGGGCUAUAACCGCAUCGGACACCUGAAAGAAGCGGCGAGCCACUACAUUCGGUACGUCUUACCGAACGGCUUGGAAACGGGACUGGUCGUCUUCGCAUACAGUGCCAACAAGAUAGCACCGCUGACGUCUAUAAAUGAGACCACGCGCGAAGAGCUAGAUGCGAAGGUGCAGCAACUCUAUGCCAGUGGUGGUACAUGCAUCGGCUGCGCCUUGCGGCUUGCUCUGCAGAUGUUCCAGGAAAACGGGCAGUCUGCGGCCGGUUCCGUCAUCAUUCUUAUGACCGACGGAGAAGAGAAUGCCAGUCCAUACAUCAAUGACGUCUUGAAUGAACUGAUCAACGCUCAGGUGGUGGUCAACACCAUCGCCUUCGGGACGAACGCCGCGCAGAAGUUGGAAGAGCUCGCCCUGCGCACUGGAGGUAAAGCCUUCGCCCUCCGCGACGGCGAGUCCAGCGCAACAAAUCUCGUGUCCGCCUUCCUGGACUCGACCACUGCCAUGAUGGACGACGACAAGAAGCCGGUCGUGAUCUGCGAGCAAGCGGCCAAAAUUGUGGACAGGCAAGAGUUCUCGAUUCUGGUAGACGCCGACCUGGGAGACUCGACCACCGUCGCGGUGCAAUCCAGCAUGACGUCCGGUCUUGACGCCGAGCUGCGGUACCCCGACGGCAAGACCUGCCAGGGCUGCUUGGAGUCAGGUCCAGCCAAGAGCGGGAGUUACAUCAACUUCAGAAUACCUGGCGUUGCUACGCCAGGCACUUGGACCCUAGUGGUGUCCCAAAAGACACCGGGUGGUGCAGCGGCCGACGUCUACGUGCGCGCCACCUCCCUGGCUGGAAAACGCGGCACGGAGCCCGUGCUGGCACGCGCUUUCCUCAAGCAAACCGAGGUGAACAGCGCCACGGAGGCUGUCAUCUACGCGGAGGUCACCAAGGGCGCGCAAGUGGUCCUCCACGCCAAGGUCACCGCUACCGUCAUCAGGCCCAAGAUGCCCUACGAAGUGGACGUCGAACUAUUCGACGAUGGCCUCGGCGCUGACGUGACAGCCAACGACGGCAUCUACAGCGCCUACUUCGCGCAGUUCGACGGCGUCGGUCGCUACUCCGUCUCGGCUCGCGUCGUCAGCGGCAAAGACUCCGUCGUCGUGCGAGGACGGAAGGCGUCCGGAGGCCUUCCAGCGCCACGGCUAGCAGAGUAUCCGGCAACCGCUGCAGCCACCGCACUCGUGAACGAGGCUGAGGGAAUUCCGUUCGACCAGUUCGUCUACGUGGACCAGGACAUCGAGGAAGCCGAGCCGCAAGUCGUGCUCAGCGAAAAGGCGCCCGAGUUUGUGCGUCACGCCGAAGGAGGCUCCUUCCGGGUCGCCAACAACAUCGACACGUUAAAGAUACCGCCGGGUUCCAUUCAGGACCUGAGCGCGGAUGAUUCCUUUGUUGGCGAAGACGGUGAGCACGUGGUCAUCUUGACCUGGACCUGCCCGGGAGCUCACCUGAGCUACGGAAACGCUUCCCGAGUCGAACUCAGGGUGAGCACCCUCUUGAACAGCCUCCUCGCGGACUUCGACAAGGCUUUCGAGAUCCGCGACAACUCCACGGAGCGAGGGCACAUAACUGCGGGUGCCGUGGGCUCCAGGCAACGACUGCGGAUCUCGGUGCCCAGCGAGCUGGUCGCAGUCGCGAAGAACCAAUCGCUCGUGGACUUCUACUUCGCGGCCCGAGUGUGGAACGUGGAGGGACUCUCCUCGCCAGUGUCCAACAUAGCGAGGAUCACGUUCGAAAGGCCGCCGCCCCCGGCAGAACCAAAGAACGGACUGCCGACGUGGGCGCUCAUCGCAUUGAUUGCCGCUGGGGCAGUGGUCGUAGUGGUGGUCGUAGCCGCGGUAGCGUACUGGGUCCGUAACCGGCGCAGGAGCGCUGUCUGAGAACAGACAGCACAA